AAGGCCUCUUCUCUUACAGGCAACUAUUGGUCUUUCUGCAUUAAACCGAAACUCAACUAAUGACCCUCCCUUUGUGACAUGACAAAUAAUAACAUCCCCCAGUUAACAAAAACCCAGGGAUUAAAUGCAGCAUCCAUAGUCAGGAUGGAAGGUUGAUGGAAGUAUGUUUUGACUUUCCACGAUUUGUUCUUAUCAUUUUGUCCUUUAAGGGGAUUAUGAGAAAGGUAGCGAAGUGGCCAGUGAGUCGGUGAGAUCGUUGAUAAGGUUGGUAGGGUUCAUCUAAUCCAGGAAAUGGCCACAGACUGAGGGACACGGUAUAAAACGUCAUUGAAGGGAAGCAGAAAUCCUCAAUAAAAAGCAGCCCAGCACAGAUGCACAAUGAAGAAGAAACUUUCUAUCAACACGGUAACCACGAUGGGCUCGGUGAAAUCAACUGGACUGUCUCUUCUUCUGUUGUCUUUUCUUAUUUACAUAGCAGAUUCUUACCCCAACCAUGCUUUAUCAAACAUGGGCUGUAAGGAGUGCACACUGGAGAGGAACAUUCGUUUCUCCAGGGAUCAGCCGAUCUACCAGUGCAUGGGCUGCUGCUUCUCCAGAGCGUACCCAACAUCUCUCAAGACCAUGAAGACAAUGACGAUCCCAAAGAACAUCACCUCGGAGGCAACAUGCUGUGUCGCAAAUCACAGCUACGAAACAAAGGUGGACACCAUAGAUGUGAGAAACCAUACAGAGUGCCACUGCAGCACCUGCUAUUUUCACAAGAUAUGAAGACGGGAACUGGAG